UGCGACUCCAGUUGGUUAGCUAAGACGCGGCACGAUAUCUAUACGGUCACAAUGAAGCUCUACAUUGCUCUCGCGUCUCUUCUUCUGCUCGUCCUGCCCGCCUCCGCUCAAUUUCAAUUCUUUGAGCAAAUGUUCACUGGACAGCAGCAACAGCAACAACCACAGCAGGCCGGCUCAGACUCAGUGUGGUACCAGCAGCAGUACGAGGCCGCUCACUGCGACAAAUAUCUCUGCCCGCACACUCUAUCAUGCGUUCACUUUCCACACCAUUGCCCUUGCGCUUUCCCAGCGGUGGAGGACAAGGUAGAGUUCGGGGACGGUAGUAUGGCGUGCGUGAGUAAAGGUGGAUGGGCGCCGGGAGAGGCGGCAAGGAAGAUUGAGCUGGCUAGGAAGGGACUGUUAUGACAGGCUUGCAUAAUCAUUCUACAACUGAUUUCGAUACCGUGCGGAAACCAACGUUACGCGCCACGUG